AUGGAUGCGCACGCCCUGCUUUCGCGGCAAGGGUGGCGCGGCAAAGGGCACUCCCUCCACGCAACGGACGACGCAAUCGGCCUCGCGAAACCGCUCCUUCUCAAUCGCAAAGACAACACCAAGGGCCUAGGCCAAAAAGCGCAUUUUACGAGCGACACGUGGUGGAUGAAUGCGUUCGACGAGCAGCUCCAGGGCCUGGACACUUCGAAGAAGGGGCAGGUCACGCAGACCGUCACGCAGGGACGGCUGAACCAGAUCGAGAAGGUUUCUGGCGGGAAAUGGAUGCUGUACGCGAGCUUCGUCAGGGGCGGGUUCUUGGAUGGGACGAUCAAGGGUCCGGAGGAAGAGAGCGGCACGUCGACGCCGGAGAGCGAGGAGACGAGUGGCGAUAGCGAGGAUGGAGGCGUCAAGCUGUCGAGGGGCAAGGAGAGGGGCGAGACUAAGGAGGAGAAGAGGGCGAGGAAGGCUGCGAGGAGAGCGAGGAAAGAGGCGAGGGAGGCGAGGAGGAAGGAGCGGGCUUUGAAGAAGGCGAAGAAGUCUAAGGCGGUGGAAAAGGCCGAUAAGGGGAAGGCAAGGGAGGAGUCUAAGGAGGAGAGGAAGACAAGGAGAGAGGCGAAGAAGGCGAAGAGGGAAGCGAGGAAAGGAAAGACCGAGUCCGAGUGA